GUCCAACAGGUCAGUUCAGUCUGUUAAAGCGCCCGUGUCGCACGUCAGAGACGAAGUUUCCUUACUGAAUAAGUUUAUAUAGUGAAUAUGUUUAAACUAACUGUUUUAGUGUUAUUGGCGUUUAGUGAUAAUGUAUUAUCCCAUACGUAUCACUUGGGAGCCUGUCCAGCGGUUGAACCGAUGCCUGGAUUUGACAUGAACCAGAUGCUGGGUCUGUGGUAUGUGAUUCAAAAGACGUCGACAGCAUCGCACUGCAUCACCUACAACUUCACGAAGACCGACGAACCUGGAACUUAUCAACUGGAACAGUUAUCUCAGCACUUCAUUUUGGGAUUGACGCCUCUUAAGCAUGAUUACAGGUAUACCGGUAUAUUAACGGUCCCUGAUAAAGCAGUGCCCGCACGAAUGAAAGUACAAUUUCCACUGAGUGUUGCGGGCUCCGCGAGCUACACUGUGAUGGCGGCCGACUACACGACAUACGCCGCAAUAUUCACCUGUCAGAAGCUAGCGUUCGCUAACCGUCAUUCCGCGACGAUUCUCUCACGAACUAAGGAACUGGAUAAGAUAUUUGUUGACAAGACGCGUUCAAAGCUGGCAUCUUUCGGCGUGGACCCGUACGACUUGUCCAUCAUAUCGCAGACGGAUUGCCCGAAGCACCCCGACGGUAGCACGGAGGGAGUCAACAUAAACAUCGACCCGAAUACGUUUUCUUCCCACAAUAUCGGCGAAGCAGUUAGAAAAACUGGUGGAGUCAUUGCUGACGGUGUCGAAUAUGUAGUGGAAGCUGGUAAAAAAGUCUACAAAAAAGUAGCCAGUAGCAAAGAGGACCUAACCGAGCCGCCGACUCAGCCCUUGCGCUCAUUGGACGCAGACGCCGAAUGGCUACCAUAAAACUAUCAAUUCACAAUUGUCAUCAACAUUUAAAACUUUUUUUUACGUUUGUGUGUGUUAUGCAUUCGUUGAUGUCCUUGCAUUUAAAUACUCUGUUGUGCCAAAUAAAAUUAAUUAAGAUAAUUUUAACUAACGAAGAUUACUAAAAUGUAAUGUCAU